CGAUAACUUUCGUAAUUGCUCACCACUAACAAUUCGGGGUGUUCACAACAGAGUUAAUUUUUUUUCAAAAUCUACGAAAAUGCCCGAAAGCGACGUGACUAAAAUGAAGGUGGCGGAUCUGAAGCGCGAGCUAAAGCUUCGGGGCCUCACUGUAAACGGCAAUAAGACGGAACUGCAGGACCGCCUGCAGACUGCUCUGUUGGAGGGAGACAUUUCUCUGGAGGAUUCGGCCAUAGCAGAUGCCAUUGACGACGACGAUGUAUCCUUAACUGACGAGGAUGAACACAAGCUGCUGGGCGACGAGAACGACGAUGAGCUGCUGAAGAGCCCGGUUAACACACCAACAACUCUGGCCAUACCGGAUUUACUGGCAGAGGAUAAGACGGCAGUGGACUCAGUGGCAGCUGUACCUGCCAAGAAAAUAGUUCUCAAGAGAAACAAUUCCCAGCAACCAAUAGGCACGGCGGCCAGCACGGGGACAACGCCUUCUAAGGAGAACGAGGCGCCGACAACUACUGCUGGCAAUUCCACCGAGGAAACUCCAAUCAAGAAGCACAAGCCAAUUGUGGUUGGACCGAAAACUGACGGUGAAAAGCCAUCUGGCGAAAAGAAACUCACCCAACUUACCGCCCAAGAGCGUUUAGAACUAAGGGCAAAGAAAUUUGGCAUUACACCAGCAGCAGCCCCAGCUGUCGCCGCCACUGCUGUUACAGUUGCUACAGCCAUAAAUAAGUCCUCGAGCGCCUCCAUUACAGCUAACAAGGGCAACAAGGAGACGGAGGAACAGCAGAAGGAGGCACUCAAAAGACGUGCUGAACGUUUCGGUUGCGUAGUGCCCGAAAAAACACCAAAAUCAUCGGUAGAUGAGCGCCUACAGAAGAGGAAGGAACGUUUUGGAGGAGCAUCAGCUUCCGAAGCCACCACGACGACCACCACAACAGUAUCGAAGGACGCCUGGUCAGAGAAAGCCCGAGCUCGCUUGGAGAGAUUCAAAACAUCUUCUGCCGCAGCAGCCACCAAAUAAUGCCACAAGAUCGAAUUAUUUAAGCAGGCAAAUACAAUUGUAAAUCAUUUCCGACGUAGGAAGAAAAUAUGCAUCCACAUAUAGAACCACAAAGCCACCAAUGCUUGUAGUAAUUAAGAAAAACUUCAAUAAACGUACACUAAAAAACCGAAAA